CACCCAGCCUAGAAUUGGCAUUUCUAACAAGCUUUUGGGUAGGUCUUAUGCACAGCUGGCCCCGGGAGCCCCUGGGCUGGGGACGGGUUGUGGGAGCCCAGCUUAGCCCACGAUUAGGUGGGUUUUCUCCCCAGUGAGGCCCCAGGCUUUGCCAGGCUGCCUGUAGCCUGGUGGGCACUUGGCUUUGCCCCCACGGCAGCUCUGGAGCCUCACCAAGCCUCCAGGGCCCACCCUCCUGCCCAGCUAUGUGUCUGGCACCUGUGCCUCCUUCCUUCACACCCACUUUGGUGACCCUCACGGCUGCUUGUCCCCUUGAGGUACUGACACUCACUUCCCAGGGAGGGUGCCCAACCUUCUGCCCUAAUUGAGGGCAGGGCUAUCCCCGCUCAAGCAGGACACUGGAAUGAAAGAACUGUGGCCCAUUUUGCUAGGAUUGUUUUUGCUGUUAUAUGGGUUGGCAUUUUCAGGAAUUUUCAAGGACGGGGACAGAGGUCAUCUUUCUUUAUCCUGAGAUUCUACUGAUACGCUCAACUUGCAAAAGAGUCAUUGUGAGUGUGUGACAGUCCUUUUGUGUGGACCCCCAAGGAAAGCAAGGUGUUGCCAGUUCCUUUCUCCUGCAGGAUUUUUUUUUUCUAUCAGUGAAAUAUUAAAAUGUCUCAACAUUUGUUUAGUGCCCUAUAUUUUAUAAAUAACACAUCUUUGUGCUUUUUCAUUGUGUAAUGAAUCCUCACAACUCUGAGGUGGGUGUGAUUGACACCAGUUCACAGAGGAGAGUGGGGAGGUGCAGACUCAUUAGCAGCAUACACAGUAUUCUCGUUGUUUUCUAGAUACCACCGAUAAUGGGGUGGGUGCUGUCGCCAACAUCCCUCGAGGCGCGGUGUGGUGGCAGGACUUGUCCAGGGUCCCGCAGCUGGUCCAUGGCAGAGAGGGCUUCUGAAGACUGUAUGGUGCUUCUCUUACCGCUGUGGGGGAAGUUGUGUCCAGACCACAUGGCUGGUCUGUGGUGGCCCCAUCCCUAGAAGAAUCCUAACUCUAAAUCUAGAUCUCUUUUCACUUUGGUUCCGUCCUGGCCCUUGCACAGCUCUGGGCCCACAAGAGCCUGUGGUUGGCCGGUCCUGGAUUUCUCGAGCAGAGUGGCUGGGGCUGGCGACUCCUACAUACGCUUUUCCUCUAGAGACCUCUGGCUCUGUUCAUGGCAGCAGGGGCAAUCAGGGACCGCAGGCUUUCCUGGGUGUCUCACAGAGCUUAGGAAAGUUUGGGCCAAAGGGUGAGAGGGAGAGGAAGAGUGAAGGCCGUUCCCUGUGGCGUGCGGGCUUGGUGGGUGAGGUGCUGCUCCCGGAGGCCCCAGGGAGAGUGGGCUGCAGAACCGGUGUGCGGGGAGCCCCUCCCUGUGGGUGCGUUCGCUUGUUCAUACACGGAAUUGCCUUUCAAAUGCGGUUGGUGAGCUCACGGUGAAAAAGGCUUCAUUGCAAUUACUUUGCAAAGAGAAGAAUUACUUGCCACUGGCUUAUCCCUGGCCUCCUCUUUUUCGGGUUUAUUCACUGAAUAGCUCCUUAUUUGGGGGCACUUUAUUGGUUCAAUGAGAUGAGUGACAUUUUCCAAAAUGGUAGUACCUAUCCUAUCCUGUUCCUGUUGAGUAGGGGACUCAGCCUGAAGGUGGCAGCCCACUGUGGCUGUCCCACAUGCUUCCUCGUCUUCUAACAUGAGGGGGCAGGGAUUGUUGUUAAUUUCCUGGGUACAACCCCACAUUCCCAUUUGCUGGGAGCCGGUGGCACAGGAGAUUCCCUGUGAAGCCUGGCGGGAGAGCAGUGGCCCAGAAGACUGGGCUGAAGGAGGCCUGUGGCACACCGGUGACAAGAGCCACAGCAGCCUCACACAGCUUGGGGGCAACUGACCGCUCCCACCAGAGAAGUCCAGAAAGCCAAGCUGCGUAGGUCUUGGUUCAAAGUGGGGGCUUGCAGAUUUGCUACAAGUCUCUGGUGGCCACGUCAGUGUCCAUUCCAGCCACGCUGUCGGUGCUUCUGGGCCCAGAUGUCACCUGCCUCAGGGUCCCAGCACCCUUCGAAACUGGGUUCUACCAGGAGAAUUUAAUAAAGGGACACUGCAAAAUGCAGGUGGAGCAUAAGGGAACCACAGUGGCCGUGGCUCGGAACAGCAAGGCUGUCACCUCUUCUGGGCCUGAGUCGGGGACGCAGCCACUGCAUCCUGGAAACAGCUGAGAGGGCUUCCUUCCAGGUUGGAUGGCCACAGCCAGCCUGAGGGAGCCCUGCAGGGUCGGAGCUGGGGGAGGGGAACAUAUCCUGACCUAGAGUCUCUGGCUGCGGCUCCCACUUGUCUGAACCCACGGUGGGCUCCCUCUUUUCUAACCCAAUGGGAGUCUUAGAUAAGAGUGAGCCCACUGUGGAGUCCAUGCAGAUGGCGGGGGCAGGGUGGAAAAGAGGGGGAUUGGGGAGCAGAGGAAGGCUCAGUCCUGGACAGCAGGCUCAGUGGGGCUUCCCCCACAGGUGAAAAUAACCCUUGUGCUACAAGGGCUGGAGCAAACCAGGUCAGCAGUGCCAUCCCUGCCCCGUGUGGCUUCCAGGGUGGCUGUCCGGUCCGUUGUCUAAAGCUGGGACACAGGGAAGGGAGACACGGCUUCCACGCAAGUCUGGGGCACCAGGCCCACUGCAGCUCACCGCCGGCAGAGACCCGCCACCAGCAGGUGGCUCUGAGCUGCUUUUCCUGCAUUGGGGUGGUGGGGGAGGGAGCAGUUUGACUUGAAACUUCCAGCGAGUCCCCAGGGUGUGCAGGCGCUACCUUGGCAGAAAACCGUCAGCCUCAGCAUUUUCUUUGAACAUAAUAACUGCAUCUUAUCUGCAUUCUUCAUCCCUUCAGAAAUAUUUAUUUUUAGUUUGGCUUUUUUGCUUAUUCUGCACAAUCCCUGCAGCCCCUGGAGGUAUGAUGAGCCCGCCCCCAUGCCUUCCCUCUUCUGUCCUGGGGUCCUCGGGGUUGGGGUGGGGGCCUCAGCUCCAGGGGUGGCAGGCCUGGUUCCGCCUCCUCCCCGCUAGGGUGACCCUGCAGGCCUGAGUCAGUGGAGGCCUGUUUUGUGUUCUGUGGAACAUGGGGAUUGGGGUUGGGGACAUGCUCGGUUGGCCCGGCUCUGACCCGUGACUCACUCGGGUGUGUGUUCAGAUGUGGGUGAGUGCUUAGAAACUCAGGGGAAGAGGCCUGUCCACAGCAGAACCCUGAGCACUGUGGGCCUCUGUGGGCUCAGUGCCAGGCUCUGCCACAGGGCAGAGGGCAGAGGGCAUCAGGGCAGCCUGGCCCAGUUCAGAAAUGGAGUUUUUUUUUAAACCUUCCUUUCAUCAUUGCCUGCUUUCUUCAAUAUUUGUAUGCAUUUACAUUUUUAUCAAUUUGCCAUCAUCUGCAUGUAUGUCCUUUAUUCCUUACACACAUCAUAAAGUGGUCCCUCAUUUCAGGUCUUCAGCAUCCCUGGCUUCAGGCUUCAGUUCCACCAGGUAGAGAUGCCACAGCUCACUAGCCGCCAUUGGCUUUUAAGUGCCUUUCUUGGCUUAACAUAUGACUCACUGCUGCGCUUCACCUUCCUGGGGUUGAGAUGCGUCGGGAGCAGCUGGGCUUGGCAUCGGCCCCACAGGAUCCUUAGGCAGGUGUCUGGCACCUGAAUGCCCACAGCACACCUUGAUUACCUUUCCAUCCUGGGUGUCUCCAGCUGCAAUCUCUCUGCUGAGCCCUCCUAGUGGCAGCAGGGAGGGUGGGACAGAUCUGUUCCCAGGGAAAGUUUAUUGACAAUCUUAACAUAUUUUAUAAACCCUCUGGGGUUGGCAAAAAUCUAGCCUGUGUUUUGACAAACACAUUGCCCUCAAUGUUUAAGCCGACAUGUAUUUUAAGGGAAACAGAAUCUGCAGUUUCUUCAAAUGUUGACUUAAUCCGUACAUUGUUUUCUUAGUGGCCUGGUAUAUGCCCUCCAGGGAGGCUGGAAAACUUUUUUGUUAAAUUAUGUUUCUUAGAACUCAGGAAGUUGCGUUUUUCCAAGAGUAACUGAACUUAAACUCAGGGGGUCGGGGGGAGGGGUGGAUGUGAAUUGGCUUGAAACUACUCAGGAAAUUCUAAACCCCUGUCUACCCAAUACCAGCUGUCUACAUGAAAUUUAAAAAUUCUAUCAAAAUUCUUAAUGUAAUAAGUACGUCCCCCAAAUGUGUGGAUGUUUGAAUUUGUCCAUUGUCUCAUCUGUAAAAUGGCUCUUAGUUCUAACAGUCUUUUGAUUUGACUUCCUGGUCCCCGAGUUCCUCAAAUCCAGCUGGGCCUUCCUGCCCAACACGUUCUGCACCUGUGGGUUCGUCUAACCACAGAUGAAAAACAUCCAGGAAAAAAAAAAUUCCACAAGGCUCCAAAAAGCAAAAUUUGGCUUCGCUGCUCACCAAGUCCUACACUGAAUCCACGCAAGUGAAGCCAUGUAUAGCCAUCGCAGUGGGUGUCAUAAGUAACCUAGAGAUGAACUGAAGUGUGCGGGAAGAUUGCAUAGGUUAUGGGCAAAUACUACACCACAGGGACCUGAGCGUUGUGGAGUCUGGUAUCUGCAGGGGAUCCUGGAACUAAUCCCUGAUGGGUAUUGGGGGCAACUGUAUACAUUGGGGGACAACUGUAUACACACCAUCUUUACCUGAAGGGCAGGCCCUGCUAAGAUCAGAAACCCUGAGGGCCCCCAGGGCUGCUAAGCAAUGCCUGAGGCAUAAACAUUGAUCUGGCAGCCGGGGUGAUAGUCAAGCUAUCUAACUGCAUCCAUGAGAUAGAGUCCCAACCAGCUGGUGGGGUAGCUCAGGUGCUGAGACCCCAGACACCCUGGCAUGGCCCUCCACUCUUGGCCCUCCAUUCUGGCCACAUCCCGGCCUCAUCAGUCAUCUCUACCGAUCACUCAGACUCUGGCCUGGAGGCGCCCCACAGAGCCAGUCCCUGCACGCCUGCUUUCCUAGCCGCUGUUCUCCCUACGGGCACCGAGUCACCCUCUUCCCGGUCCCCAGUGCUCAGGCUUCUCUCCCGAGCCCUGGCCAGCCGCUGGCAGUGGGGUGCUGACCCCUGCUGACCACAUGCUGCCCUUGACUGUCUUCCCUUCUGGGCCUGGAGCUCCCUUGGAGGGCAAGGCUGUGUUUCAUUGUCUCUGUGUCUAUGUUAGUGUCCUAGGGCUGCUGUGACAAAGGAGGAUGCUUGGUGCCUGGAAACAAGUGAAGUUGAUUCUUCACAGUGCUGGAACCCAGAGGGCUGAAAUGAGCGUCCCUGGGAUGAAAGCAGGGUGUCAGCAGGGCCACAUCUAAACCCUGCAGGGAACGGUCGGUUCCUGGCCUCUUCCAGCCCUAGUGGCUGCUGGCAUUCCUGUGCUCUUGGCCACAUCCAUCUCUGCCUUCACCUUCACGGCCUCCUCUUCCGAGUAUAUCACAUCUCCCUGGCCUCUCUCUUGACACGAAAGCUAUGUGACCUUCUGCCAGCUGGAGGAUGAGGCCGCCUUCACAUGCAGCGCCGACUGCACCAUCAGGAGGUGGGACGUGCUGACCGGGCAGUGUCUGCAGGUGUACCGAGGACACACGUCCAUUGUGAACAGGAUCCUGGUUGCCAACAACCAGCUCUUCAGCAGCUCCUACGACCGGACAGCUCGGGUCUGGAGUGUGGACAAGGGGCAGAUGUCCCGGGAGUUCCGGGGCCACCGCAAUUGCGUGCUGACUCUAGCCUACUCUGCCCCGUGGGACCUCCCCAGCACUCCCUGCGUGGAGGAGGCCGCGGCCGGGGGGCUUCUGGUGACCGGCAGCACAGAUGGCACGGCCAAGGUGUGGCAGGUGGCCAGCGGCUGCUGCCACCAGACGCUGCGGGGCCACACAGGCGCAGUGCUGUGCCUAGUGCUAGACACGCCCGGCCACACGGCCUUCACAGGCAGCACCGACGCCACCAUCCGUGCCUGGGACAUCCUGAGUGGGGAGCAGCUGCGGGUGUUCCGGGAGCACCAGGGCUCCGUCAUCUGUCUGGAGAGGGAGAGGCCUGGGGGGCUUCAGAGCUGCCCCAGCUGCCGACCUUCCCUGCUCCUCCUCGCAGCUGGUGAACCGACUCGUGUACUCUGGCAGCGCGGACAGGACCGUCAAGUGCUGGCUGGCAGACACAGGGGAGUGUGUGCGCACGUUCACGGCCCACAGACGCAACGUGAGCGCCCUCAAGUACCACGCGGGCACCUUGUUCACGGGCAGCGGGGACGCUUGCGCCCGGGCCUUCGACGUGCAGUCUGGAGAGCUGCGGAGGGUGUUCCGGGGCCACACAUUCAUCAUCAACUGCAUCCAGGUGCACGGCCAGGUGCUCUACACCGCCUCGCACGACGGCGCCCUGCGCCUCUGGGACGUGCGCGGACUCCGAGGUGCCCCGCGGCCCCCUCCGCCCACGCGCAGCCUCUCGCGGCUCUUCAGCAACAAGGUGGGCUGCGCCGCCGCGCCCCUGCAGCCGGCCUGAUCCCGCGGGGCCCCUGCAGACGCCAGCCCAGACACCCAGCGGCUCCCAGAGCGCCCCGCCCUGCUACCCGCGGUGGUGGCGCCCGAUGGCCGGCGAGGGGCGAGGAGCGAGGAAUCCCGGGCGGGAGGAGAGCCCGGCGCAGGCGUCUGGUUUUUCUUUGGUGGCCAGGAGGCGCUGGGAGCGGGAGUGCUCGCCCUGGGGACCGCCCCCUUUUCCCUUUUAGGGUGGCUCCUGUCCUCCCUCCCCAUCCCUGACCUGGCGAAAGGCCUAGUCCCGGGGACCCUCCCACCUCAGGGGCUGCAGGCGGACUGCCCCAGCUCCCCCAGCCCCACGAAACUGGGCCUUUCCUGCUGAGAGGAAGUGACUUUUUACGGAAGCCACUGAACCUGGUUAUUUUGGCAAAUCGUCCGUCUCGAGGGCCUUGGGGGGAACUGAAAUAUACAGCCUGAAAGUUAAAAGUGCUCCUGUGUCCUCUUUUUGUUUUGCAAACUGAGUCUCAGCUUCUUUUUGGAGCUUGGGAUUCCAGGAACCCAGGGCGGCGGGCCUCCUGCCCUCUGCCUCUCACAACCGGCCUGGGCAGCCUUGGGGGUGACUUGUGGGUGCGCUGCGGGGCUGCCGCCAGUGUCACUGGUGCAGGAAGUGGAUGGGGAAGAGGCCGGGGAGCAAGGGAGGAGCUCUUUAGCCUGUGCAGGUGACAGCGGGGACCCUGCUUGGGAGCUCCCGUCAUUUUCUGGCAUGAAUCUAGGAAGUCCGUUCAGGUCCUGGAGUGGAAGGAGGGGCGGGGGCGGGCAGCAGCCCCACCCCGGGCUCGUGCACAGGAGCCAGGGCAGCGCCUGGUGCUGGAAGGUGCAACACACACGCCAGAGCCACCGGGCACCCAAGGGGAGCCCUGUGCCCAGGGGCUCGAGGGGCCAGUGGGGCUCAGUCUGCCGAGGGGCCCUGCAGGAGACCCCUCAGCACCCCUCACAGCACCUGAGCGGGGUGCUCUUCAGUCCCUUGAUGGUGCCACUUUCUGCAUCCCUGUGCC